CGCAUCUGGACCUCCAGGUGAUAGGAGCGCGGGGUGGGGGGGGGAGGGGCACAGGUAGAAUUUCUCAGAGUGGCCGCAGGGCCCAGCAGCAUGAGUCCCUACUGAAGUUGCCAACAGAGGUCAUGAGUGGGUGACACGGGAUGCCUUAUCUGAAGUGACAGCCAUGUGGUCACAGGCACAUGCACGCUCGAAUUCCACCCACGGGGCCUGGCAGUCAUGGGACGUGGCUCCAUGCUGCCUUCCAGGCUCCCUUAUGGCCUCUAGGUGGGACUUGGCCAGCUCCAGCUUCAUGCUGUCUCCCAACAGUUCAGUGAGCAGAAAUGACCCUUGUGCACAAAGCAGGUGGACACAGAUACAUCGGACAGCACCCCUGCCCCCAGAAUGCUCCCAGGGCUCCCAGGUGUAGGAAGACUGCAGACAAGCAAAAGCUGAGGCCUAGGGAGGCGCUUUCCAACAGCUGAUCCCACAAAAGCCUACUAAAAAGGGGGGAGGGCCCGGCUCUUGUGAGGGCAGGAGGUAUAGACAAAGGCCUUCCAGUUCAGACUUCGAGGAAGCGCCUACCAGGCCGGCGCAGAGGUGUGGCUGCGUGAGAGCACAAGGAAGUCUGGUGUGGCUGGAGGGGGCCGUGACUUGGGAGCCUGGCAGAAGGCAUGGCCUGGAGACAAGGGGUCGUAGAGUCUAGAGAUGGCCAUGGUAGAACCAUCUGGCUUGACCAGUGACCUGUGACAGGAGUGGGUAUUGGGGGUGAUGGAGCAUAGGUUUGGGUAACCGGGUGGACCGUGAGGCACCGAGCAGAAGGCAGAGGAGGACUGGGUGAGGGAAGCGGACUUUGGACUUGAUGAGCUUGUGUGAGGGCCACACAAAGAGAGGUGCCCGGGAGGCAUUUCCACUUUAGGGUCUUGGCUCUGGAGCUGGCUGCCCAGGAUGGGGCCACCCAGGGAGAAUGUGCUGAGUGAGGAGAAGAGGCCCAGUGACAGCUCUGAGAACUCCAUCCUGCAGGGGUGAGAGGAGCCCCCAGUGGGGACGGGGAAGAGGAGAGCAGGAGGUCCUGGAAGCCCAGGGCACCAAUGCCCAGGUGGGAGCUGUUAGCAAGUGCAGGGUGGGAGAGGGCCCGCAGGAGUCAGCCACCAGGAUGGAGCUUAGUGAGGAUACCAAAGUGUGGCUCUUGGGGGCGGAGGGUUGCAGGGAAGGGGGUCGCCGAAGGUAGGGACAUUUGUCAAGAAGCACGGCCGCUUUAUGUCACGGUGCCGUGGGAAGGGCCUGACCCGUUUUCUGGGCUGUGUGGAGGGGAGGUACUUAAUUUCCAGGUCCCUGAGGAAGGAGGAGGUGAUUCGGCACAUGCUCUGGACCAACAUCCCCUUCCUGCAGAAUGUGCUCAACAACCAGCAGUUCCUGGCAGGCACCGUGGACACGCAGUUCAUCGAUGAGAACCCGGACCUAUUCCAGCUGCGGCCUGCGCAGAACCGGGCUCAGAAGCUGCUGCACUACCUCGGUCAUGUCAUGGUGAACGGCCCAACCACCCCAAUCCCCGUGAAGGCCAGCCCCAGCCCCACAGACCCUGUUGUCCCUGCGGUGCCCAUAGGCCCACCCCCGGCCGGUUUCAGAGACAUCCUGCUGCGGGAGGGGCCCAAGGGCUUUGCCCGAGCUGUGCGGAACCACCAGGGGCUGCUGCUGAUGGACACGACCUUCAGGGAUGCCCACCAGUCACUGCUGGCCACUCGUGUGCGAACCCACGAUCUCAAAAAGAUUGCCCCCUAUGUUGCCCACAACUUGAGCAACCUCUUCAGCAUAGAGAACUGGGGAGGAGCCACGUUUGAUGUUGCCAUGCGCUUCCUGUAUGAGUGCCCCUGGCGGCGGCUGCAGGAGCUCCGGGAGCUCAUCCCCAACAUCCCAUUCCAGAUGCUGCUGCGGGGGGCCAACGCUGUGGGCUACACCAACUACCCCGACAAUGUGGUCUUCAAGUUCUGUGAGGUGGCCAAGGAGAACGGCAUGGACGUCUUCCGGGUCUUUGACUCCCUCAACUACAUGCCCAAUCUGCUACUGGGCAUGGAGGCCGCGGGCAACGCUGGUGGCGUGGUGGAGGCCGCCAUCUCCUACACCGGUGACGUGGCCGACCCCAGCCGCACCAAAUACUCCCUGCAGUACUACAUGGGCUUGGCCGAAGAGCUGGUGCGGGCUGGCACCCACAUCCUGUGCAUCAAGGACAUGGCAGGGCUGCUAAAGCCGACGGCCUGCACCAUGCUGGUCAGCUCCCUCAGGGACCGAUUCCCCGACCUCCCGCUGCACAUCCACACCCACGACACAUCGGGGGCAGGUGUGGCAGCUAUGUUGGCCUGUGCCCAGGCUGGGGCCGAUGUGGUAGAUGUGGCAGCUGAUUCCAUGUCCGGGAUGACUUCACAGCCCAGUAUGGGGGCCCUGGUGGCCUGCACCCGAGGGACUCCCCUGGACACAGGGGUGCCCCUGGAGCAUGUGUUUGACUACAGUGAGUACUGGGAGGGGGCCCGGGGAUUGUAUGCGGCCUUCGACUGCACGGCCACCAUGAAGUCUGGCAAUUCGGACGUGUACGAGAACGAGAUCCCAGGGGGCCAGUACACCAACCUGCACUUCCAGGCACACAGCAUGGGGCUUGGCUCCAAGUUCAAGGAGGUCAAGAAGGCCUAUGUGGAGGCCAACCAGAUGCUGGGCGACCUCAUCAAGGUGACACCGUCCUCCAAGAUCGUGGGGGACCUGGCCCAGUUCAUGGUGCAGAAUGGGCUGAGCCGGGCGGAGGCUGAAGCCCAGGCAGAAGAACUGUCCUUCCCCCGCUCCGUGGUGGAGUUCCUGCAGGGCUACAUUGGCAUUCCCCACGGGGGGUUCCCUGAGCCCCUUCGCUCUAAGGUGCUAAAGGACCUGCCAAGGGUGGAUGGGCGGCCUGGAGCCUCCCUCCCUCCACUGGAUCUGCAGAUGCUGGAGAAGGAGCUGAUAGAGCGGCAUGGGGAGGAGGUGACCCCGGAGGAUGUGCUCUCAGCGGCCAUAUAUCCAGACGUCUUUGCCCACUUCAAGGACUUCACGGCUACCUUUGGCCCCCUGGAUAGCCUCAAUACCCGCCUCUUCCUGCAGGGACCCAAAAUUGCAGAGGAGUUUGAGGUGGAGCUGGAGCGGGGCAAGACCCUGCACAUCAAAGCCCUCGCCAUGAGUGACCUGAACCGGGCUGGCCAGAGACAGGUCUUCUUUGAGCUCAAUGGACAGCUGCGGUCCAUUCUGGUCAAGGACACUCAGGCCAUGAAGGAGAUGCACUUCCACCCCAAGGCCUUGAAGGAUGUGAAGGGCCAGAUCGGGGCACCCAUGCCUGGGAAGGUAAUAGACAUCAAGGUGGCAGCUGGGGCCAAGGUGGCCAAGGGCCAGCCCCUCUGUGUGCUCAGCGCCAUGAAGAUGGAGACUGUGGUGACUUCACCGAUGGAGGGCACUGUCCGCAAGGUCCACGUAACCACAGACAUGACACUGGAGGGCGAUGACCUCAUCCUGGAGAUUGAGUGAUCUUGCCCCAGGCUGGCAGCCUGGCCCUUCCACAGACACUGCGCUGCCGGGGCAGGCCCAGGCCAGCCAGUGCCCGAGGGCACAGAGGCACGGGACCUCCUGUCCUCAGCUGUUUGUGGCAGGAGACACUCUGCCUGCUGUGGCUCAUUCCCCUCCUCCAGCUGUCUGUCUUCUGUGUGCCGGACAGCUGCUCACGUAGUCAUCUCUUGCCAAAUAAGGGUCCUCUCCUUGUUGGGAGACUACAGGUGGUGGGCCGAAGGCCCAGGGGAGCAAGUUUAGGGGUCCUAUCUCCUGGGAGGAGACCUAGGCUCCAGGUCCGGUCCUGAGAACUUUGCUCAAUAAAACUGGCUUCCGCUGCCCUCC